CUAGUCGCCCACCCCAUCCGGCCCAAGCCUCCGUCUGCCACAAGCAUCCCGGCCAUCCUGAAAGCCCUCCAGGAUGAGUGGGACGCCGUCAUGCUGCACAGCUUCACCCUGCGCCAGCAGCUGCAGACCACGCGCCAGGAGCUGUCCCACGCCCUCUACCAGCACGAUGCCGCCUGCCGUGGCCUCAUCGUGCCCCAGACGGUGCCGUCGGCCCAGCCCAACGUGACGGGAGCUGGGGAGCCCAUGGACCUGGGGGAGCUUGCGGGCAUGACCCCUGAGAUCAUCCAGAAGCUUCAAGACAAGGCCACGGUGCUGACCACGGAGCGUAAGAAGAGAGGCAAGACAGUUCCUGAGGAGCUGGUGAAGCCGGAGGAGCUCAGCAAGUACCGGCAGGGUGGCUCGCCCCUGGGGCUGCACAGCGCCAGCAUCCCCGGGAUCCUGGCCUUGGACCUCUGUCCUUCUGACACCAACAAGAUCCUCACGGGUGGGGCUGAUAAAAACGUUAUCGUGUUCGACAAGAGCUCGGAGCAGAUCCUGGCGACACUCAAGGGCCACACCAAGAAGGUUACCAGCGUCGUCUUCCACCCGUCCCAGGAUUUGGUUUUCUCCGCUUCUCCCGACGCGACUAUCCGCAUCUGGUCUGUGCCCAAUGCCUCGUGCGUGCAGGUCGUCCGUGCCCACGAGGGCUCUGUGACGGGGCUGAGCCUCCACGCCACGGGCGACUACCUUUUUUACCAGUACUGGGCUUUCUCGGAUAUCCAGACGGGCCGUGUCCUCACCAAGGUGACGGAUGAGAGCUCUGGCUGCGCUCUCACCUGUGCCCAGUUCCACCCCGACGGGCUCAUUUUUGGAACAGGGACGAUGGAUUCUCAGAUCAAGAUCUGGGAUCUGAAG